AGAUUAAGAAGAUACCCCCCCCCGUGUGCUUCCCCACCAUCUCCAUUAAUGACCUUCUGAAACAACCCUCCACACCUACCAUCCUUCUUUCCCUAUAUAUACACACACCUACAUAUACAUAUAAACAAAUAUAUACUUAGCUAGAGAGCAACCCCCUCCAUGGAUUUCCUUCUCUCAUUUCUACUAUCUCUUUGUCUCUUUUCAACCCUUACCAUAUUCUUUCUUCUCCGGAAUUCUCGUUGCCGGAGACUCAGACUCCCGCCGGGAAACCUUGGCCUGCCCUUUAUAGGCGAAACAUGGCAACUCAUCUCGGCUUACAAGACCGAGAACCCGGAACCGUUUAUCGACGAGCGGGUCAACCGGUUCGGACCAAUCUUCACGACGCACGUGUUCGGCGAGCCGACAGUGUUUUCCUCCGACCCGGAGACGAACCGGUUCAUUCUGCAGAACGAAGGGAAGCUGUUCGAGUGUAGCUACCCGAGCUCCAUAUCCAACUUGUUGGGAAAGCACUCGUUGCUGUUGAUGAAGGGAACUCUCCAUAAAAAAAUGCACUCUCUCACUAUGAGCUUCGCAAACUCAUCGAUUAUCAAAGAUCAUCUUUUGGUCGAUAUAGACCGGUUGAUCCGGCUCAACAUGGACUCCUGGACCGGCCGGAUCCUUCUCAUGGAAGAGGCCAAGAAGAUUACCUUUGAGCUAGCAGUGAAGCAGCUAAUGAGCUUCGAUCCCGGCGAAUGGACGGAAAGUUUGAGGAAAGAGUACGUCUUGCUCAUCGAAGGCUUCUUCAGCGUCCCCUUACCUCUCUUCUCCACCACUUACCGGCGGGCCAUUAAAGCGAGGACGAAGGUGGCGGAGGCAUUGAGAUUGAUAGUGAGGCAGAGGAGGAGGGAGAGCGAGGAAGGGAAGAGGAAAGAGGACAUGUUGGGUGCUCUGUUGGCCGGAGACAAUGUCAAUGGAUUCUCCGACGAGGAGAUUGUGGAUUUCCUGCUUGCUUUGCUGGUUGCCGGAUAUGAAACGACGUCAACAAUCAUGACUCUUGCCGUGAAGUUCUUAACGGAGACACCUCUGGCCCAUGCUCAACUCAAGGAAGAACAUGACCAGAUUCGGAUGAAAAAGAGGGGGUCAUCGGAGGCUCUGGAAUGGAGUGAUUACAAGUCAAUGCCAUUCACCCAAUGUGUUGUGAACGAGACGUUGCGAGUUGCAAACAUUAUUGGUGGAGUAUUUAGGAGGGCAAUGACAGACGUUAAUAUUAAAGGCUAUACGAUACCAAAAGGCUGGAAGGUAUUUGCUUCAUUUCGGGCUGUGCAUUUAGACCACGAUCAUUUCAAGGCCGCUCGCACUUUUAAUCCAUGGAGGUGGCAGCAGAACGACGCUGGAGCUCCCCCAAGCCCGGUAAAUGUGUUCACACCAUUUGGAGGAGGGCCGAGGCUGUGCCCUGGUUACGAACUAGCUAGAGUAGAACUCUCAGUUUUUCUUCACCACCUAGUCACCCGUUUCAGUUGGGUUCCUGCUGAAGACGAUAAGUUGGUGUUCUUUCCAACUACAAGAACACAGAAGAAGUACCCUAUCAAUGUGCAUCCCCGGAAUGUGGUUGAGCAUAUGUAAAGAGCCUAAGAGACCGAAGAGUAAGAGCAAACAGACGAUGACAUGCAUGAGGAGAGCAUGUUGAUCAGGCAGGGGAUGUGGAGCAGAGCUGUAAUAACCUUGAUCGAUUCGCAGAUCGAAUCCAAUAAGAUAUUUAAUCAGUAGAUUAGUACAUGUAAAUCAAAUUAGUUUGUUUAGUUGAGAGCAUCAAUAGUAAGUCAAUGUUGGCAUC